GGAGCUUGGAGGAGACAGAGAGAUGGGGGGGUGUUAAAUCAAAACCUCUCCACACUCCCUUCGAAAUAUAAAUGGGGAAAAAGAGAGAGAGAAAGAGCUGAUGAUCCCAAUCGUAUGAAAAGGUCCCAGCCCUGUUGCAUGGAUAAGACUGAAAACAAGUUCUGAAGGCAAUUUAUUUUUUUCAAGGAGGACAGCAUUUUUAGAAAACAAAUUAAAAAGCAUGCUUCCAAAGUUUGGCCCCGUUUCUCUGAGCAGGAAGCCGACUCAUGGGAUGUUGUAGCUGGAGUGCCUGGUUUCACCUCGGCUUUUUGAAGAUUCAGACGAAGGCGCCGCUCUUCCUUACCAUGAUCAUAGUCCUCACCUAUUUUGUCUACUGUCUGACGGGCUACUGUGAGACCAUGCCGAGCUCCCUCCCCGUGUCCCCCCAGCGCCGCAGCCCCGCCGCCCAGCAGCCUGAGCUGCGAGAGAAGCCGGGGCGAUACCAGAGCGCUGAGCCGGAGCUGGAGCUGCCCGGGCUCCCUCUCCACCCCACUGCCCAGGAUCAAGCAGCAGCGGCCGGAGGUGCGACCUCCAAUAUCUCUGUCUUCAACAAUUUUGGGAGUAAAAAGUUCCCCCAGGCCGUCAUCAUCGGGGUGAAGAAAGGGGGCACCAGGGCACUGCUGGAGUUUUUACGCAUUCAUCCGGAUGUCAGAGCCGUGGGCGCUGAGCCGCAUUUCUUCGAUAGGAACUACGAGAGGGGACUGGACUGGUACAGAAACCUAAUGCCUCGGACUCUGGAAGGUCAGAUCACCAUGGAGAAAACCCCUAGUUAUUUUGUCACCAAGGAAGCCCCGAAGCGAAUCUUUUCCAUGUCAAAAGAUACCAAAUUGAUUGUGGUGGUCAGAAACCCUGUGACUAGGGCGAUUUCAGACUACACCCAAACCCUAUCCAAGAACCCGGACGUUCCAAGCUUUCAAAUGCUGACGUUUAAAAAUAUGAGCACAGGUCUCAUCGACACAUCAUGGAGUGCCAUCCGCAUUGGAAUUUAUGCCAAACACCUGGAAAACUGGCUUCAGUAUUUCCCCCUUUCCAAGAUUCUUUUUGUGAGUGGGGAGAGGCUCGUUAGUGAUCCAGCCGGCGAGAUGGGCCGCGUGCAGGAUUUUUUGGGACUUAAGAGAGUCAUUACUGACAAGCAUUUCUAUUUUAAUGAGACCAAGGGCUUCCCUUGCCUGAAGAAGCCUGAAGGCAGCAGCAGGCCUCGCUGCCUUGGUAAAUCAAAGGGAAGAACUCAUCCCAAAAUAGACAUGGAAGUUGUUCUCCGGCUCAGAGAGUUCUACAGGCCAUUUAAUCUGAAGUUCUACCAGAUGACGGGCCAUGACUUUGGCUGGGAGUAAAACACCAUAUAUCAAGCACAAAGCAACUGGUGAUUAGCUGCAUAUCAAGCAUCCAAGUUUGUUGAUUUUAACCUUUUUCUGAGUGCAGAAUUUCCUGGAAACUUGUAAAAUUCUGUCUUGUUUGCCGCAAUGUUGUGAACAUGUACUGAAUCUUCACUGGUCAAAACUCUUCUGCUGAACAUUAUAAAAGAGGGAUGCAAAGAUGACAAAUACAAGCAAAGGAAUUAUUCUCAUAAAAAUGAAAAAUCCUAAGUGCUGCCUUCAUACUUGGAUGGUAUUGGGAAUGAACUGCAAGACCAUAUCACUCCAGAAAUGUCCGACACUAGGAAUAAUCAUUAGCGGCUGUGAAAUUAAAAAUAAAUAAUAAUGCUAGGCUUUUUACUUUCUGCAGUGUUCUGGGCCCUUUAUUAGCAGUCACUGUGUUGUCCAAGGCGAGUAGCAUUUAUUUUGAAGCAUCUUAAAUUAAACACUGGCCCCAACAAACGAGCACUGUUGAAGGUCUUGAGAUCUGACCCUGAAUGGUAAAAUUGAUUUACCGUAAUCAACUGUUAAACUGCAAAACGUGUGUCGGGUCUGGAUUUACCAUUUGCUUGGUGUUUUAAAACAUUGUUCCUAUCCAUUUUCCAAUUUAAGAUUAAUCUAUCUAUUUAGUAGAGAUACCUUUUUUUCCUAUUUUAAUCCGUUUAAUAUUAAACAUGUUUUGCACCAAUGGUAUUUUCCGUUAUGAAAUCCUGGUGAAAGAGAUAAUGUUUAACAUAACAUCAAGCAAUGAAAACAUGUACAAAGUGUGCAGAAUGUGCCCCUGAGUAGAUCAAAUCCACUGUUCAGGGUUGGACACCUCAGACCCAUUUACUAGGCACUGUUAUGCAUUGUCCACUGGGAUAACUUUAGUUGCAGUUGUCUGGGUUGGGUAGUAGUGGUAUUUAAAGUCCAAAUUGAUUAUGAUUGUGCAACCUUAGAUUCAAGGGAUAAAAAUCACACCUGAUCCAAACUGACCCAGUUUUAACCACUAACUCUGCAGCUAAACUGCAUAUCUCGUUUUUAAAUGCUUCUGUUCAUAGAAUGAAAAAAAAAUCAUGUUAUCUAUUACUUCUGUACCUAUAGUCUUUAGAAUGGUAUCAUGUUUCUGGCUCUGCCCAUUGAAAGCUCAUUGGAACAGACUGGCAAGCAUUCAGAUAUCGUCCACUGAUGUUUGUUUGUUGGACCAGCAAAAGGCGAUUGUAUGCCGUUAAAUACUCUGAAAAAUUGAAUAGAGUUUGAACGUGUUAAUCCAAAUUUAAUUUGGUCCCCGUGGCCUAUAACCUACCUCUGUCCCAACCAAGUACAUGACCCGGUGUCAAAUUCAAUGUCCAAUGCCUGAGCAAGCAGUAGAAUAAUAAAGCAGCCUGAUCUUGCCUUGCAAGCUACCAAGUAAAGUCGCUUUACAUUAAGCAAUCGGGUUACUUAAGUAAAUAGUCCAUAAUACAACAAAGAUGAGCAAAAUUAUUUAAAGAACUAAUUUCCUGUAACUUUCUUUCACUAAUACAAAAUUGUAUUUUGUUUUUGGUUUAAAAAGUGCAAAAGUUGCCACAACUUAAUCUCCCUCCUUCCUAUAAUGGUGGGUAAGAUAAUGCACCACUGCUCUGGAUAUUGUUGCAUUUCCAGACUAAGACCAAUUUACUCCAGUGUCUGAAUCCAUCCCAAGCCCCAAGAAGAGCAAUUUCAGUUAACCGCAAGCUGUUCUUUCUUAAACUUAACUUGCUGCUUAGGAAGCAUUCUCUGUAUUUGCUCAAAGAACAGAAAGCAUAGAUGGUCAAAUCGGAAUCCUGUGAGAAGCCCAGUUUGUACACCUACUGCAAGUUUUCUCUUUUAGGUAAGAAGGUGGGUUCUGUCAUCACAUUUGGAUCAUCAUCAGAUAUGAAUAAAAGGUAUCUUCUUGGUAUUAAGUUUUUCAUUUUUAAAAACAAAUGCAAGCAUUUCAAAAUGGUUAGCUUUUCAAGUACCCUCCUUGUAAUUAGCAGGUUAAGCAAUCCACACAAUGAGGCCUCAUGAGUGAUAGCUUGGUAUUGCAUGCUACGGUCAAAUUAUAAUUACCCUGAGAAACUCAUUUAAUGAUGGAAAUUUUUCCUAUGUUUCAUUAUGUCACAAGCCAAUGGACAAAAAAAGCAAUCAUGAAAAUGCUGGCUUUUCCUCAUGGGUUUUAUACAUUAAACUGUUAACCGACAUUGAGACAGUUUACUGUUGUAUUCAUAAUGUAUGGUUGAGAAUAACUAAUAUAAUUUUGUUCAACUAAAGUCCAUGUAUUUUUUGCACC